UAUGGGGGUGUGCGCCCCCAGCCGGCUGCCCUCGUGGAUGCCUCCCGGCGGCGGCGGGCCCAUGAAAGACUGCGAGUACAGUCAGAUCAGCACCCACAGCUCCUCCCCGAUGGAGUCGCCCCACAAGAAGAAGAAAAUCGCGGCCCGGAGGAAAUGGGAGGUGUUCCCGGGGAGAAACAAGUUCUUUUGCAAUGGGAGGAUCAUGAUGGCCCGGCAGACGGGCGUCUUCUACCUGACGCUCAUCCUCAUCCUGGUCACUAGUGGACUCUUCUUCGCCUUCGACUGUCCAUACCUCGCGGUGAACAUCACCCCCGCCAUCCCCGUGGUCGGCGGUAUCCUGUUCUUCUUCGUGAUGGGGACUCUGCUUCGGACCAGCUUCAGUGAUCCGGGAGUCCUCCCUCGAGCCACUCCUGAUGAAGCCGCUGAUCUGGAAAGGCAAAUAGAUAUUGCCAACGGCACCAGUUCAGGGGGGUACCGCCCACCUCCCAGAACCAAAGAAGUCAUCAUCAAUGGCCAGACUGUGAAACUAAAGUACUGUUUUACCUGCAAGAUUUUCCGCCCCCCUCGAGCCUCCCACUGCAGCCUGUGUGAUAACUGCGUAGAACGGUUUGACCACCACUGUCCCUGGGUAGGCAACUGUGUGGGGAAAAGAAACUACAGAUUUUUUUAUAUGUUUAUUUUAUCCCUGUCUUUUCUGACAGUCUUUAUAUUUGCUCUCGUCAUCACCCACGUCAUCCUCCGUUCACAGCAAACAGGGUUCCUCAAUGCCCUGAAGGACAGCCCAGCGAGCGUGCUGGAGGCCGUGGUGUGCUUCUUCUCCGUCUGGUCCAUCGUUGGCCUCUCGGGCUUCCACACAUACUUGAUCAGCUCCAACCAGACAACCAAUGAAGACAUCAAAGGCUCUUGGUCCAAUAAAAGAGGUAAAGAAAACUACAACCCCUACAGCUAUGGGAACAUCUUCACAAACUGCUGUGUCGCCCUGUGCGGACCCAUCUCCCCCAGCCUCAUCGACAGAAGAGGAUACAUCCAGCCCGACACGCCGCAGCCAGCAGCACCAUCGAACGGGAUCACCAUGUAUGGAGCCACGCAAUCGCAGAGUGACAUGCUGAGUCUCCUACACAGAGUCUGCGUGUCACACAGAGGAGCUGGCUGGGGGUAGACUUGGGGAACCCUCACUGCUGAGCAGAGAGCGCUGCAAGGUGAAGGUUGAUGGCAGGCUGUCUCCACGCCCUGGAGCUAGGAAAUCAUCCCAUUCCCUGGUCACCCAGGGCUCAGGACCCCUGCAGGAGGAUUGCCUGAGUUCAUUGUUUGCUGUCGGUGGCACCUUGGUUGAGUUAUGUUGCUUCACUGGCUAAUAAAGUCUCCUUUGAAAGCAGUGUGGACACAACGUAGUCUCUGCCACUCUGCUCCAUGAACACCCACACAUGCCCACACAAGGAACUCUGAAGGCCUCUUACCAUAUUUCUCAGGGAAUCAAGAACAGAGAGAGUAGGAUAUGUGCUCACAAAAGGGAGGAUAUUGGAUUUAUUAGGCAGCAGAUGUCCAAGAUACUGAAUGACCUCAUUUAAUCCUAAACCAAAAGUGGAAAAUUAUCACUCAUUUUUUUUUUUUAGCUGUAAUGGGAGUAUAGCAGAAUUUCCACCAGCGUCUAGUGAUUGCUUCUCUGACUGGCACACAUGCUGAUGUGCAUGCAACUCCCACCCAUUCAUCCAGCACCUUCCCAAGGUUCUUGCUGUGUGCUGAGUGCUAGACUCCUGGGAUAGAAGGCUUAUAGUGCUUAGCGCCCCCCCCCCCCGAUAUUAUAGGUCCUGGGAGUCAGCACAACAUGGAAGCAAGUCCAUGAAGGCAGCGUUAGCAACCUUCAUCAGAUGGCAAUGUUCUUAUGGAGACGGGUGGCCUUGCAUUAGUCAUCAUGAGAUCCCCUAGCAAUGACUCCAGAUUGCUCUGCACAGUCCUUAGAUUCAGAAGCUAAACAAGGGCAUCUUGAAGGUGCUAUCAGCCACUCUGGACGCUGUAAUAGGACAUGGGUAGGUUGCUUUUACAUUGUGUUGAUCAAAAUACCUGCGAGAACAACGUAAGGGAAGAAAUACUUCUUCGGGCUCAUGAUGCAGCUGAUGGUUCUGCUGACAGCUGCUUGGCCCCUUGUGCUUGGGCAAGACAUGAUGGUGGCACGGGCAUGCUCAGAGUGUGAUCUUCACUUCAGGGAGAACAGAAAGCAGAGUGGGGGAGGGGAGAGAACGAGAACAGAUAGGAAGAGGAUGCCUUCUUUGAACAAACACCCAAGUGACCUACUUUCUCCGAAAGGAUCCAGAACCUCCUACCACUAGCCAUACCUUGUGAACCUGUGAGAGACAUUUCAUAAUCAACCCAUAAUAAUACAGAACUGUGUGGUCAUUCCGUGGUCCUGGACACUUCGGUCUGCCAUAGGAGUGGUGCAGAGGCAUCUCUUCCACAUGGGGGUACUGUAGAGUCAGCAAGCUUCGGAAGUCCAGGAUGCUAACCAUUCCACGGUGGAACUGAAGCCAGCCUGUAGAUACCUUGAAGAGGGAUAAAGAGGGUGGACGGAGGGAGAACUGACCACAGAGACCAAACAGCCACCAAUACCCCAUAAGUGACUUUGACAAGUUCCAUAGCCUUUCCCCAACUCCAUGUUUUCAUUCUGAAAGUGAGAACAUUGAUGCUGCCAUCUGGUAGGGCUUCUGUGAAGAUGAAGUAGGUGAGUGGAUAGCAUUUAAAUCUUGCCUGACACGGGGCAAGUACAAUGUGAGCCUUUGCUCUUAUUAUUCCCUCUCUGGAGUUCAUGGGUAGCAGGAUCUGGAGCAGCUGUAGUCUUGUGAGCAGCAGGGCAGCAGAGGACAUGACUGAUGAGGGUAAGAGCUGGGUCCGUAGCAGUUAGUCCCCUAACCCUCCGGAGUUCAUGCUGCUGCUCUGGUCCUCAGCCUUCCUCGUUUGCAAGAUAGGAGCUAUCCUGGACAGCGGGAUAUGAAUGGGGGUCCCUGAGGAGGAAGAGGAAUGGAGGGAACAAGAGACACGAGAAACGAUGGCAAGACAGGAUUUCUGAUCAAACCGUGCUUUAUUAAUUCUUAGAAGCUGUUAUAUAGCAAACGGGAAAGGGGGGAGGGGAGAUGUAUCCGGUCUGCUGGAAUUCAGGCCCUAGCUGAUAAGUAAAUACUGAGGGUCUGUGAUUGUUGACUAACAAAGGAAAUGCUAAUUGUUUCUAAAAGCCUGGGGCCUGCAGGUCUCACUAGGAAAUAAGAUACCAGGUUGAUUUCCUAGGUUCGGAACUUGCCCUGCAAAGGUGAAUGAAUAUCUUACUUAUCUUGUGAGCUUAAAAUGGCUGUAAACAAAAUACAGAUCUCAAAAUACAGGUCUUUGCUUCCGGCAAGGAGCCAGGACUUCCUGGGUCUAAAGUCCCUUCCAGCUCUGACCAAUUAAAGGUCCAAUCUUUGAGCAUCACUGUCCUAACACACAGGUUAGCCCCACCUAGAAGAGGGUGGGCCAUGGCUCUCAGUUCUUCCUCCUCCAACCCAUCACACCCCACAAUUCCCAAACUGAGUGCAUCCAUUCUUUUUGGAGGAUGGGGGCAUGUCGAAGUCCAGCCUACCUGCCAUACUCUCCCAAGAGUCACACUGUGCAUUCCUCUUCUCACUUGUCUUGUAUUUCCGGAGCAAAUCCCACUUAGUCGGGAUAAAACAAUUAUCUUUUUAUGCUGCUUGAUUCACUUUGCCCGUAUUUGGCUGAGGUGUGAGAGACAUGGUCUGCAGGUUCCUUCUCCUGUAAAACUCUCUCAGGGUUGGCGUCAGAAUGAUAACUGCCCUUCUAGAAUGACUUCAGAAAUGUGUCCUCUAGUCCUUCGCUGAAUAAGCUGUGAAAAUGGAUGUUGUCUUUUCUUUGCUGAUGCAGGAGAACUCCCCAGCGAGGCCUCUAGCUUUGAGUUUUCCUUCCUCUGUGCUUAGGAGUCUGUUCCGGGUUUCUGUUUCUUGGCCGGUGUCAGCUGUGGGUGUCCCUGUGGAGAUGUGUGCAUCUCGGCUAUUGCUGUCAAUUCCUAUCCAUCUUACAUCAGUACUACUCUAUUCUGAAAACAGACGCAAGAUGAGAUACUAGACGGCUGAAAUGUUAAAUAGAAAGUUCCAGUAACUGGUGAAUGUGGGAGGAAAGAGACAAAGACUUUGGUGCAAUUAUAAAAGCACACAGUGGAGGGCCAGCCAGAUGGCUCACUCGGUAAAAUCGCUUUCCAUUCAAGGAUACAAGCCUGAUGACCCGUGUUGGGCCCCCAGAACACACAUAAAGCUACAAGGAGAAAACCACAUCUGCCAAAUUUUCCUCUAACCUCCACACGUAUGCUGUGUUCUGUACACACAUACCCACACACAAUAAUAAUAAUAACCUUGAAAUCAUUUUAAAAACUCAUUGAAUAAUUCCCUGAGGGGCAAGUUGGGAUAUUUUUUGGAGGAUAGUCUUUGUUUUAAUCUCUGUGUAUAUGUGAGGAUGUAUGUUUAUGUGUGUUCACACGUGUGAGUACAGGUGCACGCAUGCCACGGCACACACAUAGAAGUCAGAAGACAACUUCAGUUCUUGGUCCCUGACCUCCGCCUUGCUUGAGACAGUGUCUCUUAUUGUUCACUGCUGUGUAUGCCAGGCCAGCUGGCCCGUGAUUUCCUGGUCACUCUCCUGCCUCCGUCUCCUGUCUUGCUCCUGUGUGUGGACAUGCACCACCAUGCCCAGCUUUAUGUGGUCCUGAGGGUCCAAACUUAGGUCCUUGCACUUGGGUGGACCAUGGAGCUAUUUUCCCAGCCCUAAUUUUGGUGUUUAUUUUAUUUAAAAAAUGCAUGUGGUGCUCGCUUCGGCAGCACAUAUACUAAAAUUGGAACCGUCCAGAGAAGAUUAGCAUGGCC